ACGACGGCCCAUCCUUCCCAGUUCCCACCCUUCAGGCCUUCACAGUUGGAUGGAUCCAGAGCUCCCUGCCGUCUCAACGGCAAUGUCAACCGCCGUUGCGCCAUCGUCGUCGCCGCCGCCGCCGCGUCGUCUGGUCUUCGCCUUCUACCUCACCGGCCACGGCUUCGGCCACGCCACCCGCGCCAUCGAGGUGGUGCGGCACCUGAUCGCGGCGGGGCACGAGGUGUACGUGUCGACGGCGGUGCCGGAGUUCGUCUUCACCGCCGAGCUGCGCUCGCCCGGCCUCCACGUCCGCAAGGUCCUGCUCGACUGCGGCGCCGUCCAGUCUGACCCCCUCACCGUCGACCCCCUCGCCUCCCUCGAGAAGUACCAUCAGACGGCCGUGGUGCCCCGCGAGACGAUCCUGAGGACGGAGGCGGAGUGGCUCAGCUCUGUCAAGGCCGACCUAGUGGUCUCGGAUGUCGUUCCUGUGGCGUGCAGGGCGGCUGCGGAUGUGGGGAUCCGCUCGGUGUGCAUUGGGAAUUUUAGUUGGGACUUCAUAUACGCAGAAUACAUCAUGGCAGCUGGGUAUCAUCACCGAUCUAUUGUUUGGCAGAUAGCGGAGGAUUAUUCCCAUUGUGAAACCUUACUUCGACUACCCGGAUAUUGCCCUAUGCCAGCUUUUCGUGAUGUCACUGAUGUGCCCCUUGUGGUAAGAGGUUUGCGCAAAUCUAGAUCUGAGGUGAGGAAGGACCUUGGAAUAGCGGAGAAUGCUAAGGUGGUCAUUUUAAACUUUGGGGGACAGGCAGCAGGAUGGAAACUGAAGCAAGAAUGGCUGCCUGACGGAUGGAUAUGUUUGGUAUGUGGUGCAUCUGAUUCCCAAGAGGUUCCUCCAAACUUUAUCAAGCUUGCGAAAGAUACUUACACACCAGAUGUUAUGGCUGCAUCUGACUGCAUGCUUGGAAAAAUUGGAUAUGGAACUGCGAGUGAGGCUUUGGCCUACAAACUGCCAUUUGUGUUUGUUCGGAGAGAUUAUUUUAACGAAGAGCCAUUUUUGCGAGAUUUGCUUGAGCGCUACCAAAACAGUAUUGAGAUGAUUAGAAGGGAUUUCCUUAGUGGGCACUGGAAACCUUAUCUGCUCCGUGCUCUUACACUUCAACCAAGCUACAAUGGCCCAAUAAAUGGUGGCCAGGUGGCGGCUCAGGUCCUUCAGGACAUUGCUAUUGGAAAGAAGUGUGUUUCUGACAAAUUUAAUGGAGCAAGGCGAUUACAAGAUGCGAUAGUGUUAGGAUAUCAGCUACAAAGGGCUCCUGGGAGAGAUGUAGAAAUUCCUGACUGGUAUUCUCUUUCCAGUGCAGAAACUGGUGCUCAUCCAAUCUCAGCAAACAUUGAAAAAAAGGAAAAAGCACCGUCAUGCUAUGAAGACUUUGAGAUACUCCACGGAGACCUGCAAGGAUUAACAGAUACGAUGGCCUUUUUGAAGAGCUUAUCUGGACUUACUGGAAAUGAAUUAAAAAGUUUUGAGAUGCAAUCCCGAGAGAGAAUUGCUGCAUCUGUGCUCUUUGACUGGGAGAGGGAAAUAUAUGUUGCAAGGGCACCUGGACGGUUAGAUGUCAUGGGUGGCAUUGCUGACUAUUCAGGAAGUCUUGUUUUGCAGAUGCCUCUUCGGGAAGCCUGUCAUGUUGCUGUUCAGAGAAAUCAUCCCAGCAAGCAGAAGCUAUGGAAGCAUGCACAAGCACGACAGCUUGAGAACGCAGGGGUGGUACCUGUGGUACAAAUUGUAUCAUUUGGUUCUGAAUUGAGUAACCGUGCACCGACUUUUGACAUGGACCUGUCAGAUUUUAUGGAUGGUGAUAAACCAAUAUCCUAUGAGAAAGCCAGAGAAUUCUUUUCCCAGGACCCAUCACAAAAAUGGGCUGCUUAUGUCUCUGGAACAAUUUUGGUCUUGAUGACUGAGCUAGAUGUGCAGUUUACUGACAGCUUGAGCAUUCUGGUUUCUUCUGCUGUGCCAGAAGGAAAAGGUGUUUCUUCUUCUGCAUCGGUGGAGGUUGCCACGAUGUCUGCUAUUGCAGCAGCCUAUGGUUUAAAUAUUACGCCAAGGGAUCUUGCUUUGCUUUGUCAGAAGGUUGAGAAUCAUGUUGUUGGAGCUCCAUGUGGGGUCAUGGAUCAAAUGACAUCCGCUUGUGGAGAAGCUAACAAACUCCUUGCAAUGGUUUGCCAGCCUGCAGAAGUGAAGGAAUUAGUUACUAUUCCGACUCAUAUGCGAUUUUGGGGUCUAGACUCUGGAAUACAGCAUAGUGUUGGUGGGGGAGAUUAUGGAUCUGUAAGGGUAGGCACUUUCAUGGGAGGAAAGAUGAUCAAGUGUGCAGCAUCCAACCUAGUUUUGAUUUCCACGACUUCAAAUGCCCCUGCUCAGUCUGAUGAUUACAAAGAAAAUGGCAUGGAUCUACUGAAGUCUGAAGCUGCGAUCGAGUAUUUGUGCAACCUACCACCUCACAGAUAUGAAGCAGUUUAUUCAAAAGAUAUUCCAGAGAUCAUUACUGGAGAUGCAUUUUUAGAGAAAUAUGGAGACCACAAUGAUAUGGUAACUGUAAUUGAUCCAAAAAGAUCUUACAGUGUAAAGGCACCUACCCGGCAUCCCAUAUAUGAAAACUUCCGAGUUGAGACGUUCAAAGCGUUGAUAACAGCAGCUAAUACAGAUGAGCAAUUGUCAGCCCUUGGAGAACUUAUGUACCAGUGCCACUACAGCUAUAAUGCAUGCGGUCUAGGUUCUGAUGGGACCGACAGGCUGGUUAAUCUAGUACAAGAAAUGCAGCACCAGAAGAUGCCAGAGAAAGGAAGCCCUAGUCUAUUUGGUGCAAAGAUUACUGGCGGUGGGUCUGGUGGUUCGGUUUGUGUCAUUGGGAAGAACUGCCUCGAAAGCACCAAAGAGAUUGCUGAGAUUCAGCAAAGGUACAAGGCAGCCACGGGAUACCUACCAAUCCUUUUUGACGGAUCGUCUCCAGGUGCUGGCAAGUUUGGUUACCUGAAGAUUCAACGAAGGCGCCAAAUUAAGUGAUUGGCCUUGGGUUGUGCCCAGACAACUCAGGUUUGUGAAGAGGUCCAGCCUAUAUUGAACUGAUUGAACAAUGCCGGUUGCGUUUGUUUGGCAUUGUGAGCGACCAUGAGCUCUUUCUGUGGGACAUUCUUUCCGGACUUAUUAACUGCUAGACCGAUGAGCUCUGUCAUGUACUCCCUCCGAUCCUAAAUUUUUGUCUCAAAUUUGCCCAAAUAUGGAUGUAUCUAUUCAUAAAAAGUGUCUAAAUACAUGUCAUAUUUUGACAACAAUUUAAGAUCGGAGUUAGUACUAUAGUACAAUGUUGGUUCAGCGGUGUUGGCUGGUUUUCUGGAUUUGAAAUGCUAGACCAAUUCGUUGUGUUGCA